AAAAAUCUUUGUGAACUAUCAAAAAUCAAAUACUUCAAAUUUCAGUUUUUAAAAAUCAAAUUCUUUGAUUUAAGUUCUCUAAAAAUCCAAGAAAAAAACAAAAUUCAAACUAUAUUAAUAUGCUGAUUUCUUAUUCAGAAAAGGUGAAUAAUACAGUGUACAACUUUUUCAUUUAAUACACAACUUUUUAAUGGGCUGUUUAGAUUGUCUUCUCACUUUGGUUGGUGAAUUUUAUAUUGUAGGUAGCUAUUUGAUUUUUUUUUUGUAGGUAGCUAUUCAAAUCAAUGGGUUUUGGAGAAACAUUAAUUAGGGGGUAGGCAUUAAAUUAAAGAGAUCGAAUCCAGUCCUUCAAGUAGAGUAGGUCCAGGAAUGUAGCUCAAGUGUUUUGAAGACGUGAGGCUGAGAAGCAAUGACGAGACAUAAAAGGGAGGACAAUGACCAAAGGUGGUACUUAACACACGUAUGACCACUCCUCACUUUUCUGUCCACAAGAAUUUUCAUUUUCUUCUCCCCCCAUAAUAUUUUUCAUCUCCUUUGUUCUUUUCAAGUAUUUUUCCCCGACUAAUCUUCUUUACCGACUCGUAAGAACAUAUAGUAAGUCGAUAGCACAUGGUCUUGAUUAAUAUUUUAAUAUACUGAGUCCGUGACAAAAGUGAAACCUCACGCAAUCUUAGAGUUUAAACUCUUAACCUAUGAAUUAACGUCCCUUCAGCCUUGGCCUACUAUGUACCCAUCAAUUUGCAUGUUUGGCUAAAGAAGUAGCCACGACAACGAGUUUUCACAUUUUUUACCUGAAGUGGCAUUAAAUGGGACCUUCUCUGACAUUAGUAUACGAAUGGAUAACCAUAAAAUCAAACGUGGAUUGGUAAAAUACAGCCAUUUUUACCGGUGGAAAAAAGCAAUAUUAAAAUGAAGAAUAUCUUUAUUAUAAUGUUUUAAAAUUUGUAGUUGAAUGGGAUUGGUUUUCGAUUGGUCCGAAUCCCCAGAAACAACAGUCAUUCUCUGUUUUCAUAUGAACACUCAUCGUACGCAAAAGCAGGAACAAGAACAAGAAGAAGAAGAAGCAAGACACGAAUGGGAUCUUUCUCUCUCCACCGUCGUCUCUUCUUCCUCCUCCUCUGCCUCCGACGUUGUCGGAGCUAUUGAGUUCGACCCGACUGAUAACAUCCUCGCUACCGCCGGAAUCUCUAGAAAGAUUCGUUUUUACGGCCUCGCUUCUCUCUUACGGAACACCGCCGGAGUCUGCGGAGGAGCAGGAGGAGGAGUUAGCUUCGUCGAUCAAGUUACUGCAUGUGAAUAUUACAUCUGCACGCCGGCGAAGCUUAGUAGUCUCCGGUGGAGACCCGGGUCGUGCAGUCGGGUCAUCGGGUCGGGUGAUUACGACGGCGUUGUGACGGAGUACGAUCUCGAGAAGAGGACGCCGGUUUUCGAGAGGGACGAGCACGGAGGCCGCCGCGUCUGGAGCGUGGAUUACACUCGUCACGGUGGCGCCGCCACCGUGGGAGCGUCGGGAUCAGACGACGGGACCAUGCAGGUGUGGGAUCCGAGGUGUCCGCCGGAGGAGUCUGUCGGCGUUGUCCGGCCGGCGGGACUUUGCCGGAGUGCCGUUUGCUGCGUCGAGUUUGAUCCCUCCGGCGGACACGCGGUGGCUGUCGGAUGCGCUGAUCGGAGAGGGUACGUGUACGAUAUGAGGAAACUCGUUGACCCGGCGUUGACUUUGCAAGGUCAUACGAAAACGGUGUCGUACGUGAGGUUUCUCGACGGUGGUACGGUGGUGACGGCGGGUACGGACGGGUGUCUGAAGCUGUGGAGCGUGGAGGACGGGCGCGUGAUUCGCACGUACGAGGGGCAUGUGAAUAACCGGAACUUCGUGGGGUUGUCUGUGUGGAGAAACGGCGCGCUGUUUGGUUGCGGAUCGGAGAACAACAGGGUGUUCGUGUACGAUAGGAGGUGGAGGAAGCCGGUUUGGGUAGACGGGUUUGAACCGGUUGGUAUGACUUCUGGUUCGGAUAAGCGGUUCGUGAGUAGCGUCUGCUGGAGGCAAUCCGGUGUGGACCAGUGUACGCUAGUGGCUGGGGGAUCUGAUGGAGUGUUGCAGGUUUACGUGGGCAAAAGAAAGCCAUAGUAUUAUUAUUAUUCUUGUUUAAUUUAUCAUUACUAUCUUCUUUUUUUAAUGAAUUUAUGAUGCUUCUUCAUGAGAUUGAUUUUUGCUGCAGUUGUGAGAGCGUUCGACCUGUCUUGCUUUUAAUUAUAAAGGAUUUUUACUUUGUUCUAUGUUUUAAAUGUAAUAUCUAGUCUUUUUGCUGUUUCUAACAAGAAAAAUUGAGUAUUUGAUGCAUAAGUUUUCAUAU